UUGGAGCCCUACCUCUCCCUCUGUUGCCGCCUCCCUGUCCCCUGCUGUCUUUUCGCUCACUGCCUCGAAGCUCUAGACGCCCCCUUCCUUCCUCGUAAUUCUGGGAAGCCAAAACCAUACCUUUGUUCUCAACCACGCAAGUCUAUAAUAUCCCAUUUUCUGAAUUCAGCUUCCUUGAUACCAAUCAUACACGCACUUUCCAUUUUCCUUUCACCGACUCCAAUCUCUCUUUGCAAUGACCUCACUCAUUCGAAGAACAAAAUCCAUCAAAGCCUUCCUAAACCCUGCACAGAUCCCUCACAAUCUCACUCAAACCCCAAUCUCAACCCAACCCCAUCAAAACCAAUGUCCCCCGCAACCCCAAAACCUAAACCCUUUAAGGGUUUUGCAGUUUGUCACAGUUUCGACCCAGUCGUCCUCCAAAUUCCCCGAGUACGAGAUGCCUACGGUCACCUGGGGUGUCGUACAGGGCCGGAGAGAAAAGCUUGUUUCCCGGGUAAUCGUAUGCGAUUUCUUGAAGACUUUAGGCAUAGUCCCUGAGGAACUGGAACACCUGGAGCUGCCCUCGACAGUCGAGGUCAUGAGGGAGCGCGUCGAGUUCCUACAGAAGCUAGGCUUGACCAUUGAUGAUAUUAACGAGUACCCGUUAAUGAUAGGAUGUAGUGUGCGCAAGAAUAUGAUACCUGUUUUGGGUUACUUGGAGAAAAUCGGGAUUCAGAGGUCGAAGAUGGGCGAGUUUGUGAAGAAUUACCCUCAAGUGUUGCACGCUAGCGUGGUCGUCGAGCUUGCGCCGGUUGUUAAGUUCCUUCGUGGCGUUGAUGUGGAGAAGCAGGAUAUUGGGUAUGUGUUGCAGAAGUAUCCUGAGCUUCUUGGGUUUAAGCUUGAGGGGACAAUGAGUACUUCGGUUGCUUAUCUUGUUAGUAUUGGUGUAUGUCCUAGAGAUAUUGGUCCGAUGGUUACCCAGUAUCCUUACUUUUUGGGGAUGAGAGUUGGGACUAUGAUCAAACCGCUCGUGGAUUAUCUGGUUUCAUUGGGCUUACCCAAGAAGAUUUUGGCUAGGAUGUUGGAAAAGCGGGCUUAUAUACUUGGUUAUGAUCUUGAAGAGACUGUGAAACCAAAUGUGGAAUGUUUGCUUAGUUUUGGGAUUAGAAGGGAAGCGCUUCCUUUCAUUAUUGCUCAAUACACACAAAUUAUUGGGCUGCCUCUGAAAGCUAAGUUGUCUGUGCAGCAGUACUUUUUCAAUUUGAAGCUCAAAAUUGAUCCCGAAGGGUUUUCACAAGUGAUAGAGAAAAUGCCACAGAUAGUUAGCCUUAAUCAAAAUGUGAUUAUGAAACCUGUUGAGUUCCUCUUGGGGCGGGGGAUACCAUCUGAGGAUGUUGCUAAGAUGGUUGUCAAAUGUCCCCAAUUGGUUGCCUUGCGAGUUGAGCUAUUGAAGAAUAGUUACUACUUUUUUAAGACUGAGAUGGGGAGACCUUUAAAAGAACUUGUGGAAUUCCCGGAAUAUUUUACUUAUAGCUUGGAGUCCAGGAUUAAACCCAGGUACCAGAGAUUAAAAAGCAGGGGGAUCAGGUCUUCCUUGAAUUGGCUUCUCAACUGUAGUGACCUGAGAUUUGAAGAAAGAUUGCAGGGUAAUUAUAUUGAAACAGAGAGUAUAGGCCCAACAUUUUGUAUGGGUGGGAAGUUAGAGCUACCUGGCAAUGAGAUUGUGUCAGAUGAGGAUGAUGAGAGUGAUGAUGAAGUUCUUUACAGACGCACUGUUUCUCUUUGAUAAAUCAAUGAAUCAAAUUCAGAUGACUUCGGUUUUCAGGGAGAUUGAAUUCUGUUUAUGGCUUUCUUUUUGCUUUAGUAUACUUCUUGGCGUUCAUCUCUGUAUUCACCAUGUAUACUUACAGUUAGGGAUAUUAUUUAGUUCUAAGGAUUGCUCGAUGCGGUGACAUACAAGACCCGGUAACUAAUUUCACUGUUAAUUGAUAUAUCAAUUCAAUUAUCCAAUUCCUCUCUC